AUGGUUAUAAAAAAAAUAAAUGGGGAUGAAAUACAAACAAGAUUAACUACCGGUUGGAGGGUUUGCAUUGAUUAUAGAAAAUUAAAUUCAGUUACUAGAAAAGAUCAUUUUCCCUUACCAUUUACUAAUCAAAUUUCAGAAAAAUUAGUUGGAAAAAACCUUUUUUUUUUUCUGGAUGGAUACUCUGGUUAUAAUCAAAUUUAUAUAAACCCUUUAGAUCAAGAAAAAACAACUUUCACUUGUCCAUUUGGUACUUUUGCUUUUAAAUGCAUGCAUUUUGGUCUGUGUAAUGCUCCAGCAACAUUUCAAAGAUGUAUGUUGUCAAUUUUUUCUGAUAUGACUGGAAAAUGCAUGAAAAUUUUUAUGGACGAUUUUUCCAUUUUUGGUGAAUCAUUUGAUGAAUUUUUAAAUCAUUUACAACAUGUACUUUAA